CUCUUUCAGGAGGAAUGUGGUUCUGGCUGAUGGAGUGUUGGAUUGAUGAGUCGCCUCCAUGCUGGAAUCUUUGGCCUUCAUAAAUAUUUAUUGUAGUGAUCCCGGACUGCUAAAGCAGCGCAGCAACCGUGGGUGGAUGAGGACCGGCUGUUAACAGGAAUUCUGUUUGUUUAGAUUGAGGGGGGGCUGGGACACAGCAGAGCCUCCUGAGGGGGAGGGAGGUGACACGGCUACUAAAAAGCUUCACUUCUUUUGUCUGACUCCUCCGGUGACCUUGAUUGUGUCCGAGGCAAGAGAGGGGCUCGUCCUGUGGGAGGGUUAGGAGCUUCUGCCUGGUGUAGUCGAGUAAAAACAUUUACCUGUGACGUGCGGUGGAAAAAGCACUGGAAUGAUGCUCAGCAUGCUGCUUGUGCACAUCUGACCCUGCAGGUGGCUUAUUUUGGUGACAGCAUGAGGUCAGACGUGUUUCCUGCCACCGUCUUUGGGAAGUGGGAGACAGUGAUGGUAGUAGAGGAAAUGGAGGGAGACGGUGUUCCAAAAAGUGAUGCAGCAGUGUCCAACGAGGCCCAAGUGGAGCCGCAGGAGAAAAGGGGAAAGUUUGAGGGUCAAGGCAUGAAGUCCCCUUCUACCGGGUCCAACCAGUGGGGCUCCUACUUUGUGGACAUGCGCAGAAUGGAAGGAGAUGAGGAGGAGCACCAGAAACUUACGUGGUGCUGCCACUGCAUCCACACAUACAGCACCAUGGCCAUCCCCAGUGUGGAGCAUAUAGCAGAUCUCCCUCUGGACUACAAGUUCCCGCGGUUUUCUCCUGACAAGCCCAGCACCACCGGCUACUACCCCAGACCUCCCGACUCACUGCUGAAACGAAGUGAGCACCUGUAGUCAAAGUACACACAUAACCGGUCCUCUCUGAAUCACCUGCCUCAGGAGAGGAAUGUGCCUCCAUGUUCGGCUGUAGUUCUCCACCCAACUCCACCUUCACCUGAGCCACGCACACCUGCCACCUGUCCAGAGACGCCAUGUGAAUGUGAGCCACAGUAACUCUAUAGCAUCUACACGUGGAAGUUGUUCUGUGGUUUAGUGUAGUGGACAUAACGAGAAAUAAACGUCUGUGCGCUUGCAUAUGGUA